AUUUUCUUUUCCCUCAUUUACUGCUUCUCAAAUAUAUUUACUUGUUUUUCUUUCUUGUGAAGUGUAUGUGAAUCGAUGAUGCCUCAUCCAUGGAGGAAGUGAUUUACAACACUGUUACUAUCUUGUUUACGUUUCCAAAAUAAGUUUUCCCGCUUGAUAAACCAUUAAUUUUUUUUUUUCUUCUUGUUAAGAAUUCCUAGGUAAGAUGGCUUCUGAAGGAGACGCUAACAGCUGCGUGGAGGAUGGAGAGGCUCCGUUUGGUUUUGAGAUACGGAAGAGGGCGAAUCAUCGACACUCUCCUGACCAAAUUCAACAACUUGACGCGUUUUUUCGGGAUUGGAAACAUCCUGAUGAACGUGACCGGGAGGCGCUGAGCCAGAAGGUUGGUCUGACGCCUAAUCAGAUAAAAUAUUGGUUCCAGAACAGAAGGGCACAAACCAAGGCUCACCAGGAAAAACUGCAACUUUUUAAGCUGAAGAAUGAGAACUACAAAUUGAAGGCGGCGAACUUUGCGUUGCGGGAAGCUUGUAAGAAGCUUGUUUCAGCAGCACAAAGUCAGGGAGUUUCACAACUCGCUCUCAAGGAGGCAGUAAGUAAUUUUUAUCCAUAGAUGAAUAUAUGUUAAUUAAUGUGGGUUUUAAAAUCAAUAAUAUGUGACUUAUAAUUAUAAAAUUUCAUGUGUUUUUUAGAUUUUGAGGAAAGAGCGUCUUCGCAGCAGUGACCGCAGUUGAAGAGAGGAUGCAUAGUAAUUGAUAAAAAGGAAUAAAGUAGUGUCAUUUUCAUGUUUUUGUUGGGGGUUAAGCUCAUACGCUGCCUCGUGUUAUUCUUUUUUCUUUUUCCAAUCAAUAAAGUCGGAGAUCUCUAUAUAAUAAAGUUAUCCAUCGGACACAUGUCGUAAAAUUAGAUAAGUUAAUCCAUAUAGCGAAAAAUUAGAUACCCAAGUC